CAGCUGGCGCUGGCAGCCGCACAGGGGCCGGAGGCGGCUCCCGCGCCCGCCCCGAACAAGCUGUGCUGCAGGUGUCGGACCGGGGGUAAAGGGAGCUGCAACAGCUGCUGCCCUGCGCUGAAGGAACCUCUACUGCCCACCCUUCCUAACGUUUUUUGGAGAUGGCCGGUGAAAUCACAGAGACCGGGGAGCUCUAUUCUCCCUACGUCGGGCUGGUGUACAUGUUCAACCUCAUCGUGGGCACAGGGGCGCUCACCAUGCCUAAGGCCUUUGCCACCGCCGGAUGGCUGGUCAGCCUCGUCCUGCUGGUGUUCCUGGGCUUCAUGAGCUUUGUGACAACCACCUUUGUGAUGGAGGCCAUGGCCGCAGCCAACGCACAGCUCCGCUGGAAGAGGAUGGAAACCCACAAGGAGGAGGACAACGACGACGACUCCUCCACGGCCUCAGACAGUGACAUUCUCACCCCGGACAGCUACGAGCGGGCAGAGAAACAGCCCAUCCUGUCAGUGCAGAGACGCACAUCUCCCAACCUGUUUGAAAUCACAGACCGGGUGGAAAUGGGACAGAUGGCCUCCAUGUUCUUCAAUAAAGUGGGCGUCAACUUGUUCUACUUCUGCAUCAUCAUUUACCUGUAUGGGGACCUGGCCAUCUAUGCUUCGGCCGUGCCCUUCUCUCUCAUGCAGGUGACCUGCAGCACCACUGACAAUGACUCCUGCGGUGUGGAGACAGACGCCAAGUACAAUGACACUGACCUGUGCUGGGGGCCCCUGCGCCGAGUGGACGCCUACCACAUCUACCUGGCCAUCUUCACUCUCCUCCUGGGACCUUUCACCUUCUUUGACGUCCAGAAGACCAAGUACCUGCAGAUCCUGACCUCGCUCAUGAGAUGGAUCGCUUUCGCCAUCAUGAUUGUGCUGGCCUUGGUCCGCAUCGGAAAGGGCCAAGGAGAGGGGCACCCGCCCCUGGCCGACCCCUCAGGGCUCCGGAACCUGUUGGGGGUGUGCGUCUACUCCUUCAUGUGCCAGCACUCCCUGCCGUCCCUCGUCACCCCCGUCUCCUCCAAGCGCUACCUCACACGACUGGUGUUCCUGGACUACGUGCUGAUCCUGGCCUUCUAUGGCCUCCUCUCCUUCACCGCCAUCUUCUGCUUCCGUGGCGACAGCCUCAUGGACAUGUACACCCUCAACUUUGCGCGCUGCGACGUCGUGGGUCUGGCGGCCGUGCGCCUCUUCCUGGGCCUCUUCCCCGUCUUCACCAUCAGCACCAACUUCCCCAUCAUCGCCGUGACUCUGCGCAACAACUGGAAGACGCUCUUCCACCGCGAGGGCGGCACGUACCCCUGGGUGGUAGACCGCGUGGUCUUCCCCACCAUCACCCUGGUGCCACCCGUGCUGGUGGCCUUCUGCACACAUGACCUGGAGUCCCUGGUGGGCAUCACGGGGGCCUAUGCAGGCACUGGCAUCCAGUUCGUCAUCCCUGCCUUCCUGGUGUACCACUGCCGCAAGGACACCCAGGUGACUUUCGGCUACGGGACCGUCAACAAGCACAGGUCCCCGUUCCACCACACCUUCUGGGUGGGCUUCGUGUUGCUCUGGGCCUUCUCCUGCUUCUUCUUCGUCACAGCCAACAUUGUUCUCAGUGAGACCAAGCUCUGAUGGCAGGGUGUGCCUGGUGACAAGACGGCCAGGGACCCCACCACGGCCUUGCCGCUGCAGAGCAAGAUUUUUGUUGCCACCCAGGGCUUCAUGGGCAGGAAGACAGGGGCGCUCAGAGGGGACCUCUGCAUCUCCAACUGGGGGUCUCCUCCCGACCCAGGGCCCUAUCUAGUCUGUGCUGGCCUGGUCCCCUGGAGGGCCUGGUCCCCUGGAGCAGCUCCCUGCCGUGCCCUCCUGCCUAGGGCAGCACGCAGCUGCUCUCAGGUUUCAGGAUGGUCCCAGUCACACUGCUGCCCCCUCCAGCUGUUGGAGGCAGGCUCCUCCCUCCAUGUAGUAGCACAUGCAGUGCUGGCACUGCUGCUAUUUAUACCAGACUCCGUGUCCCCUCCUCCGCCCUCCCCAGCCCCUUCCUGCGUCCUUGCCUGUCUACCAGCAGCUGCUGUCCCUUCAGAGACAAGUCCCAGGCCCUGGUCCUCUAACCUGGCCUGCCUAUGGCAGGCAGCACCCAACUCUCUGCCAGGCCUGAGAGUCGCUAAGUGCCGCUCCUAGUGACAAGAAUGGGAAGUGCUAACUGGCACCAGGGUCCCCGAGCCAGAGCUGUGAGGGCCCUUGCUGUGGCCACCAUCUCUGGGGCACUGCGCCAAUGGCACAUCCCUUCCCAGGGCACGCGGCAGCCUAGAAGCUGGGUUUAAAGUCUUUC